GUUUGACACUGACAGUAGCUGAAGAAGAAAAUUAAAAGAGUAAAACAUCCCCAAAUCGGCUCACUAAAACCAUUUCAAAUUUUAUGUCAAUAUGGCUUAUGUAUGAAACAUGUCUGAUAAUGACACCAAUAACUGUAAUGCCAACCACUGUGAUAAUCACAAUGGGAAUUUGUCUUGUGCCGAUGACAGCGGCACAACCUGUGUAGACCACGUAGACCAACAUCUUAAACCUGAUGAUGAUGAUGAUGAUGAUGUUGACGCUUCAGCCUGCUCGGUCAAAGGUCAUGGUGUUUCCAAGCGGCGUGUUACUUACAUGUACAGUAAUGAAUAUAUCCAAGUAUGUGACGCUAUGCUACGGAUUCCCAAAAGGGCCAGCAUGAUACAUUGUUUGGUAGAAGCAUUUGGGUUGUUAAAGUACAUCAAGAUUUGUCUGCCAAGGGAGGCAACUGUGCCAGAAGUUAUGAGUUUGCAUUCUGAUGAUUACAUUAACUUCUUGAAGAAAAUUAAUGACCAGGAUGAUGAAGAGAAAGAUGAGGAGGAAGCAGAGAUAUACGGACUGACGUAUGACUGCCCAGGACAUGUUGGUGUCUAUGACUAUGCUGUCCUUGUUGCUGGGGCAACAGUAGCUGCAGCUGAGACUCUGGUCCACCAAGAGGCAGAUGUUGCCAUCAACUGGUUCGGAGGAUGGCAUCAUGCUAAAAGAGAUUCUGCCAGUGGGUUUUGUUACAUCAAUGAUAUAGUGCUUGGUAUUAUAAAACUGCGUGAGAAGUUUGACAGAGUUGUCUACAUUGAUUUGGAUUUGCAUCAUGGUGAUGGUGUGGAGGAUGCUUUCUGCUCAACUUCCAAAGUCUUGACAGUUUCAUUUCACAAAUAUUUAGCAGGAUUUUUCCCAGGUACGGGUUCUGUGGCAGACACUGGGAUUGGCAGGGGUAAACAUUACAGUGUUAACGUGCCACUGUUGGAUGGCCUGCGAGACCCAGAGUUCGUAGCAUUAUUCACCAGAGUGAUGACGCGGAUCAGGGAGGUGUUCUGCCCCGAUGCAGUGGUGUGUCAGUGCGGGGCGGAUGGACUCGCGGGGGACCCAAUGGAAUCGUUCAGUCUGACUCACCUCGGACUCGGUCGGUCCGUUCAGCUGCUCCUCGACUGGAACCUGCCGCUGCUUCUUCUUGGAGGAGGUGGCUACAAUCACCCCAAUACUGCAAAAUGCUGGGCCUACUUGACAAGUCUGGCAGUUGGCAAAAAACUACCUCGAGAUAUUCCAGAUCAUGAGUACCUGAUGGAGUAUGGGCCAGACUAUGAGAUGACAAUAUCGACUGGAAAUAGGAAAGAUUGCAACACCAAGGAGUAUUUAACACACGUUUAUCAACAGGUUAUGAACAAUUUGGAUAAAAUUUCAUGAGGACCAUCCUUCACCUACAAAGUCAUCUGACAACCCUAUGUGUACAUGUACGUACUACAAGACUUGAUCUUACUGGUCAAAACAACCGGAGUGACAGACCAACGCCAUUUUGCAGAGGAUGCUUACACGUUCCAGUGUAGAGAAUCUGAGAGAACUUGUAUCACUACCUGGAGUGCUUUUCACACAUUUUCUCCAUCUGUUGUAGGAGAUUAUGAAACCACAAUGCUUCAGUCAGAAAAUAAAAAUACAAGAAACAAAUUUA